UUUAAAAUUUAGUUAUUUUUUAACAUUUUUUGAAUUUUGUUUUUACACAUUCCUUCCACCAGAAUACCUGAUUUAUCUCUAAAAAUAAUUCCAUUAUAGAAAAUGUGUAACAUUUAACUAGUAUAAAAAUACUAAAUAUCAUGAAAUUUGAAAAGAAUUAAAUUUAACCGGUCCCAAAUGUCAGACUUAUCAUCUUUGUUAGAAAAGGAAGAAAUAACUUGGCCUAAUGAAUUUAAACCAAUAAAACUAGUAUCUGGCUCAAAUCAAAUUGGGGAUUGCUGGAAAGUAGCCUGCUUUACCCAUAAUCUUGUCAAGUCGCUCGAAGAAGAGCUAAAAAAGAGGAAAAGGCAGCUUGAAACCUUUGAAUAUCGGUACGAGGAACUAAACCAACAACGAGGACCGGAACUGCCAGAUGAUGAAGCUUACGAUUCUUACGAUUAUAAUCUUGAAGGUGAAAUUGGUCAGAUUGACACAGUGAUAACAAAGCUUCGAGAUAGAAUACAGGAGAUUGAAUCACAAUUGACCAAACUGCGGAAUAAAUAUGAUUCUGGGUCAGAUAGAGAUAGUGAUACCACUGAUGCCAGUGACAAGAGCGAUAACAAAGAAAACAAGGAAUUCUUCAACUGUUAUGCAAAAUUGAUUCUAAACCCAUUUGUGAUUCGUGAUAACAGUUGUAUUAAUGAGAAACAUCAGUCCACAACAGUAGAGUACCAACUUAACUCUAUCCAAAAGGAAGUUGAGAAAAUUAGAGACGAACUGGAAGCAUUCUCGCAUCAAACUUCAAAUAAAGAUGCUGUCAUGAAGAUUCUGAGUAUAGAAAAGGUUCUGAGGAAAAGAGAACCUUUUAAUGAUACAUGGGCGGUUUUAUAUGUUACAAAGGAGAUGGCUAACGGAUCAGUUGAGAAUUAUUUGAAAGCACUCCCAAAUAGGGAUGAUAUUUAUCAGUUACAAGACUCACUUCUUCAUCGCAAUUUAAAGGAACAAAUAUCAUUAAUGGAACAUAUGCAAAAACAGGGAAUUGCCCAUAAUAACAUUAAACCUAAUAACGUAUUAAUAUCUAAAGAUGGGCUUAAUCUUCUACUGACGGAUUUCUGUCCAGAAACGUUAUUCAUUGAGAGGUGUUAUAAAAUUAGUCAAGGAAAACUUACACACCCCAAUUUCACAUCACCUGAGCUUCUUCUAUUACUUACAAAUGAAGUUCCUUACCAUAACCCAAAUGAAUCAAAUAAGUUGAUGGAGGAAAUAAACUCGAGAUUUGAACGUUACGAUUUUCCGGAUAAAAUCAAGCCCUUUAUGUACAGAAGUGAUGUUUUUUCUCUAGGUUUGAUUUAUUACCACCUUUUAACCCUAAAGAUUCCUUCGGAACAGCAAUUGGCUUACGAUGAUGUGAUUAAUGACCUUAAGGAGAUGAUGAAAAAAAGAAAUCGAGAACUAAUUGAUUUGGUGAUGAAAAUGUUGGUUUUUGAUCCAUUUAAGAGGGGAACAUGGGAAGAACUCCUGGAAUCGACGGAUUAGAAAAAGAAACUCAAACUGAAUAAAGUUUAUUUAAAUAUGUUGAAUGAAAUAUUGUUUAAUUUGUAUUUUCAA